AUGGCUUGGGAUCACCUCGAUAUCGAUAAACCUCAUGUCGCGUACAUGAUACUGGGAGGCUUCACCAGUUUGUUCAUGUUAUGCUCGCUUUUCGUCAAAGAGAAACUGUAUAUCGGUGAAGCAACCGUUGCCACUUUGUGUGGAGUUAUCUUUGGGCCCCAUGCUGCCAACCUCCUUGACCCAAUAUCAUGGGGGAACGUUGACAAAAUCACACUCGAAUUCUCGCGAGUUGUCCUCGUUGUGCAAUGUUUUGCUGUUGGGGUUGAAUUGCCCAAAUCAUACAUGGAAAGGCAUUGGAGAUCGGUCGCGUUGCUUCUGGUUCCCGUCAUGACAUGGGGCUGGUUGAUGACGAGCCUCUUCAUCUGGUGGAUGGUCCCUCCAUUAACAUGGUUGGAGAGUCUGAUUUGUUCUGCCUGCGUUACGGCCACCGAUCCCGUCUUAGCCUCGUCAGUCGUUGGUAAGGGUAAAUUUGCAAAGCGUGUCCCCAAGCAUCUUCGAGAUCUGCUCUCCGCUGAAUCGGGAUGCAACGACGGCAUGGCUUUCCCUUUUAUCUACCUUUCGCUCUACAUCCUGGCCUAUCGACCUAAUACUAACGAGGUGGCACUCCACUGGAUUUGCGUCACACUCCUCUACGAAUGCAUCCUCGGCGCCAUCCUUGGAUUCAUGAUAGGCUACGCUGGUCGCCAUGCUAUCAAGUUUGCAGAGCGGAGAAGUCUCAUUGAUCGAGAAAGUUUCUUGGUGUUUUACUUUGUACUGGCUUUGUUCUGUGCUGGAACAGGCAGUUUGCUGGGAAUGGAUGAUCUGUUAAUGGGAUUCUCUGCGGGUGUGGGGUUUAGUAAUGAUGGAUGGUUCACGGAGAAAACAGAGGAGUCUCAUGUCUCCAAUGUCAUUGAUCUGCUACUGAACUUGACUUACUUCGUCUAUUUCGGUGCAAUUAUACCCUGGCAGGAAUUCAAUGCACCAGAGCUUGGCCUUCCCGUUUGGAGGUUAGUUAUCCUCGCGAUUUUUGUGAUUUUCUUUCGUCGAAUACCGGUCAUGUUGCUACUCAAGCCGUUUAUCCCGGACGUGAAAACAUGGCGAGAGUCCUUGUUCGCAGGCCAUUUCGGGCCGAUCGGCGUCGGCGCAAUCUUUGCAUGCAUUCUAACUCGAGCAGAGUUGGAAACGCAUACGACUCAACCGCUGGACGAGCUUCCUCCAAAGGGCUCUCACAAUUACACAGUUAUUCAACUCAUCUGGCCCAUAACUACCUUUUUGGUUAUCUCAUCGAUCCUUGUGCAUGGAUCCUCCGUCGCGGUGUUUACCCUUGGCAAACGUAUUAACACGCUGACCAUCACGAUGUCUUAUACAACGGCUAACGAAGAGGGACCGUCAUGGAUGAACCGGCUUCCUCGAAUCCAGUCCCAGUCCAAGGCCUCCCUCUCUCUGCGCAAAGAUUCGCUUGACUCAUCUAGCGAAGGUCUGGCUCAAGUUCCGCCUGGCACUCUCGGUCCAAUCGGUAUACCUGGCAACUUUCUGCGACGACAGAAGGAGGGAGACCAACCAAGUCAGCCAGGUAGUCGUGCAUCUAGCCGAAAGCCGACGAGGAGAAAGAAAGUUGGAGCGGGCGGGCCAAUCAGUCAAUCCGCUAUUAUGCCACAACGGAGAGGGGAGCUGACCGCAGCUGAUGAAGGUCCUGAUUUAGAACAAGGUGUCAAGUCACCGUCGGCUGAAGAGCAACCCUCGAGAGAGCCGGAGUUGGAGAUCUAUCAGGAAGGAGAUCACAUGAUCAUCGAAGACGAAGAGGGAAAUGUUCUGGAAACAAGGGAUAUCAGUCAUCUUUCUCCUGAUCAACGUGAACAGGAAAUUCUAGCGCAGCACAAGCGGCUUCAGGAGGACACUACUGGGGUUUUUGCCAAAGGAAGGGACCAUCCGCAUGAGCGAAUGGAAGGAGAAGAUAUCCAGAAGGCUGCCGAAAGGAAUUUGGCCCGUCCAUUGAAGAAGUUGAAGGGACGCUUUCCGUGGAAGAACGGCAAACAGAAAGAUAUGGGCUCGCCUGAGGUGCCACCAGAAAGGAAGCCUAAAAAAGAACGGGCACGUCGAUCGGCACGAGCCUAUCAGUUCGCCAAUACCAUCAUAGUAGAAGACGAAGACGGUGAAGUGAUCAAGAAAUACACCAUCCCUGGGCCCAAGGCAGCUAAGAAGGAGGCUCCAGAGGGUGAGCCGUCCUCCAAAGCAGAAGCUGAACCCCGGCCGCGGCCGCGGCGUAUGACUCGAAUGGGUACUUGGAUUGGUCGUGGCGAUGGUAAGGAAGGCGAAUCAAAGUCAAAAGAUGGCGAAGAAGCUUCCUCCGAUGAGGAGAGGAUAAGAUUCACCGUGCCUGAGAAGAAAGGGCAUCGCCAUCGUCUUGGGGGCCGCAGAAUGACCAAGGAAGAUUUCAUCAAAGAAAUUCAACAACUUGAUCCCAAAGCGCAGAAGGAAAUUUUUGAAGAAGGCAUUGCUAGCCAAUUAAAGCCGGUUACUGGAGAUGAACAACUUGAACAAGCGCAACAGGCCCGCGGCCGGCGUCCAAAGGCUCAAAAAUCUCCUAGCAGCUUUGGAUCACCGGACUAUCCUUCUCUCUGUCGGGCAAGAUGA